AUGGUUGUUACAAAUUGGGGAUGUAGUGAUGUUGACAAUGACCUUAUUAAAGUGCCUACUGAUAUAUGUAUAAUGCCAUCCAAUGAUCCAAUCGGAUCAAUCGUCGACGCAGUUUACCCGUCCCUCUUGCAGAAGUACAAUGACCCAACAUAUUUGCAAGAAAGAGCAAUACUUACUCCUAAGAAUGAAACGGUCCAUGAAUUGAAUGAUACAAUUAUGAAAAUGAUUCAAGGUGAAGGAAGAACAUAUUUUAGCUCUGACAAUGUGUGUAAAGCAAGUGUGAACACUAAUGAUGAAGAUCUAUUGUACCCAACGGAACUUUUGAAUAGCUUAAGAUUUCCUGGAAUUACUAAUCAUGAAGUACAGUUAAAAGUAGGCACUCCAGUUAUGCUUCUGAGGAAUCUAAAUCAAAGUGAAGGACUAUGCAACGGAACAAGAUUGAUUGUCACACAUCUUGGUAGCUGGUCUAUUAGUGCAAAUAUCAUCUCCGGAAAAAUCAUUGGCUCGAAAGUAACAAUACCAAGAAUUAUUAUGUCUCCUAAUGAUUCAAAGUGGCCAUUCAAGUUAAACAGACGUCAACUUCCUGUAGCACCAUGUUUCGCUAUGACAAUUAAUAAAAGUCAAGGACCGUCUCUCAACCAUGUUGGAUUAUAUCUUCCUAAAUAA